UUGGUUGGCAAGAACGCCAUUGCUAUCAUCAUGGCGGACUUAAAUAGCAGCCUUACUGCGAUGGACUGGCUGCCCAAACUCAGUGUUGGUAGUGCACUGAGUGGGCAACAUGUAAACAAYAAUAAUAACAACAACGAUCCUCUGAAAGAUAAACUCGGAAGUCGAAAAAUCGCUGGCUCACCGCUCGAUACUGGAGCCGUUUUGGACGAAACAGAGGCUAGGCAACACCAAACUCGCGAAAGCAAACCUCCUUAUUCAUACGCUAAUCUCAUUACUUUUGCGAUAAACAGCUCGCCGAAGAAGAAAAUGACUUUGAGUGAGAUAUACCAAUGGAUAACAGAUCAUUUUCCGUACUAUAAAGAUGCUGGAAAUGGAUGGAAGAAUUCAAUACGACAUAAUCUAUCGCUAAAUAAGUGCUUUAUGAAAGUACCCAGAAGUAAAGACGAUCCCGGCAAAGGUUCCUACUGGGCCAUAGACCAAAAUCCACAAGAAGAUCCAAUCCCUWCAAGRCAGAAUAGGAAACGAAAAGAACCUGGCGAUUCCCGGCUCUCACCUUAUGGAACUGAUGAAAACAACUUGUCUCCAUCAAGCAGUCACGGAUCAAAUCACUCCACAUCAUCAUGCCAUUCUCCAACACUAGCGUCAAUUCAAAUGGAUCAAUAUUAUGGGCUACAGCAGGGUCAGUAUCUGGGAACGUCACCGUCUUCGUCAGCUAACUUAAGCCAAGGUGCAAUGGGMAACCCGGGUGAACUAAACAAUUCAGAUAAUUUUGGUGAACCRCCRCACAAGAUUUUCCCUGAGAUUGCUUUUGAAGAUCUGAGUGCAUCCUUCAAGAAUUUAUACAAGUCAGUUUUUGACGCAUCACAGACUGGUGGAUCAUUUGCAAACAUGAGAAACAAUGAUCCCAAUGCGCAAAGCAUCCCRACACCAUCAUCUUCAAAYCAACARCAACAGUACAUCAUGCAAAACAUGGAAACUUUGAUGGAAAGCAUAAACAAAGGCAAUCUHCAAAGUCUUGACUUAAAUCAAUGGAACAACCUCAUGGAAAGCAUGAAAGACUUUGAUUUCCAAACACUAGGACUAGACGCUAAUCAAUGGCAAGAACUAGCAUUCUCUUUUAGCCAGUAUAUAUCUCAACAAAGCAUUGAUAGUGCGUCGACGUCAUCAUCUAGUUUGCUUCAAAGUUCUAAUCAACAUAGUCCGUCCUAUUGUACAAGCACUCCACAGUCUUCAUUACACGGAUCACGGGCCAGCUAUAACAGCUCGGCAAGUUUUAGCGGUGGUUCUAAUCACUCACAGUCCAUUCCUGGCAUUAAGAUCACGCCKGUGUCCAGGACGGUUCAUGGUGGCGCACAGCUUGAUGAUGAUGACGAGGAAGAUUUCGACUGGGAGUCAAUUAUGUAGACAAUCUGGUAAUUAUUAUACUGUAGGUUGGUGUGUCAUUAAGGAGAAUAUAGACUUUGGUCAACCUUUUUUAUUACAACUGGAAUGAUUGAAAUCUUCUCCCAUCAUAGGCCAGAUGUACAAAGGGUAGAAUAAUCUCAUUAUGUGAGAUUCCACCCUAUGCACAACUAGCCAUGAACUCUGACACUAGGAUACUUUACUGAAAGUCAUAAUCUUCUUAACUUAUAUAAUCAACAAAUGAAAAGAUUUUUAAGGAAUUCAUGUCUGAUCAAAUUCUCCCAAUGUAACAUGAUUUUAAUCCUUGUAGGAAGAAUUUAUGAUUUGAUCAGAUUGUUGAGUAAUGCAUGUGAAUAGUAGGGUUUAACAUGUACAGAUCCAAAAAUGUAACCAUAAUAUUAGUUUUAAUGUCUCAUCUUAAUAUAUCCAUGGCAAGGAUGGARCAACUUUCCUUGUAUUAUUUAUUACUGCUUACUAAGGUGAGCUUUUGUUGCUAUGUGGUAAUGUCUAAAUUCCCAGACAUAGUGAAGUGAUGUUACUUGGCAAUGCCCAACGAUUAAUGUUUUGCUAACAUUUCUGAGGGUUAAUUAGGGUUAUUGCUACCUAUUGAAAUCCUUGAAAAGCCCUAAAGUUGAAAACUCAUUUUCAUGGRCACUUGAAAAGCUCUUGAAAACAAGAAAAAAACACUAAGACUCUUGGAAUUCUCCUUGAAUAGGUUGCAUUCAACACGGUUUUUUUAAACUUUUUCAUUAAAAUGAGCUCUUUGUCAGAAAUCAUGCUGGAAACAUCUAGAAACCUAGGGGCGCCAUCUUGCUUCGAAACCAGACGGCCAUUGAGCGUGCAAUGAUAGAAACCUUCUUUCACACCUACAGACAAUUAUUCACAGGUAUCUAUCAUUGCAUGUAUGGUUGUCUUGCUUCGAUGUAAAGGCGUGGCUUAUUGUAAGUAAACUUUCCACAGUUUGAGAAGAUAUCUUUUCAUAUACAUUGUAAACUGUGGUUCUUUGGUGACAAGGAGAGUUGAAUUUACCAUAACUCUGUCAUUGAACUUGUACAUAAUUAAUAUAUUUGAAGUAUAUUUUUUAAAKUGUUGGAGCGAUAGCACUAAAACCUCMGAAAAAUGCCAGUAAAAAUGUCAUAAAAGAAGCAAGUCUUGACUCACUUUAAAACUAGUAGAGAUGUUUGAUAGACUGAAUUUUUGUGCUCAAUAUUUAAAUUGACUUUUAAAGGUAUAGGCAGAUUGAUGAGGUUUGUGCCUCAUCAGUUCAGAUACUUCUGAAGACUCAAKGCUAUGAUACAAAAUGGCAAAAUUGUGAUCUUUCAGAAAAUCUGUAGUUAACUUCAGCUAAAUAUUGUGCUGUGKUAUAAAACUGAACCYAAAGGAUACAAAAGCUUUAUUUUCAACCCUACAUCUGUCAAGCAUAUCCACCAUGUUUACAAGGGAGUCCCUUGGGGGAAGGGGGUUAGUAUUAUCGCUCUAAAGGGUGUUUUCAAAGGUUCUUAGUCGUAGAAAUCAUAGAGUGAACACUUAUAAGGUUAUUUUCACAUUUGAGUCUUAAACAGUUGUUUAAGCUGCAAGCAGGCUUGCUUUUAUUAUCAUGGAUUAGUUUUAGUAAAGCGUGAAAUGUACUGUGGUAGUAUCAAAAUGUGUAUAAACCAUCAAAACAUUUGUCUA